AUGCAUCACAUAGCCCACGACUUGUUGAGAGCGCUAGCCGUGAAAUACAAAGACGCUGCAAAGCUGGUGCUCGAUGCGUGUCGAAAGGCUUGCGUACACCCUGAGGAAGUCUUCUAUAUGCUGCCCAUCUCUGAGGAGCUCUUCACUUUUGGCCUUCGGGAGCCCGCAAGGUAUUCUGAGAUCGAUGAACACCUCGAUCUAUUUCUGCAGUAUAGUGAAGACUUCUUCACUCAACAAAUGAAGACGGCUGGCGUGACACGUGAUGAGAGACUUCAAACAUACUUGAAUAAUGUCUACGAGUCUGAAUCUUUUGUCGUCAACACCCUGAUGACAGAAGCCAUACCAGAAAACGUGGUGGCGUAUUUUGAGUAUCUUCGAGGAAAGGAGCAUCUACGUCACUUUGCAGAGAAAGCGGAUCGAAUGUUGCUGGCCAAGUACCGAGAUGUGACUGAAUCGUUGAUUCUAAACACGUGGGCAGAGGCUGGUGUUGAACCUCACGUCGCAAUCAAAAUGAUGCCUUGGUCUGACUUGAAUCCGUUGCAAUAUCGCGCCACAAUGGGUUCGUCAGUGGAGAUCGACAUUUGUGAAAGGUUCAAACAGGUCAUGAAGUAUGUGCGCUUGUACCGAGAACAUCGCGAAUUCGAUGACUAUGCCGUCGCGAAGCUACUGCACGGUAGUGUACCAAUUGAGGAACUGUGGGCAUAUAUCAUGGUCUUCCAACGCUACCGGGGCGAGGAUGAAUUACCAUAUCAACUUAUGAAGGCUUUUGAACGUAUUUUUGAGACAAGUGCACAAGAGAUGGAACUUGCGAUAGCGAUCGAGAAUAAACUGCUUCAAGGACAUACACCCUGGUCAUCGAUACCCACGUAG